AUGGUGAUGUUACGCAGUAACGGUGAUAUGGACUCCAGCUCGGAGUUUCUCUCUCUAAAACCGCCUCAGAGAAAGUCCGCGCGGCUGAAAAAGGCCCAUGAUGACAGUUUAACAAGCGCAGAGGACAGUCCGGCUAAUGAGGACAACAACAUGAGGAGCAGAGCUCAAAGAGGAAGACAUAUGGUCACCUUUGCUGAUAUGAAUGGACAAACAAGCAAAUCUCCUCCAAAAGAUGAGAAAAGUGAGAGGCAUUUAAGACGGAAGGAGGAUUUGUUGGGAAUCCACAAGGACAGGAUUAAAAUUGGAGCAAGUCUUGCAGAUGUUGAUCCAAUGCAAAUUGACCAAACAGUGCGCUUUGACAGCAUUGGAGGUUUGGGCAAACACAUCUCUGCAUUGAAGGAGAUGGUUGUGUUUCCUUUACUCUACCCUGAGGUCUUCGAGAAGUUUAAGAUUCAGCCUCCAAGAGGCUGUCUGUUCUACGGCCCUCCUGGCACAGGAAAGACUUUAGUAGCUCGGGCCCUAGCAAACGAGUGCAGUCAAGGUGAGAGGAAGGUGGCGUUCUUCAUGAGAAAAGGAGCAGACUGCCUCAGCAAAUGGGUGGGCGAGUCUGAGAGACAGCUCCGCCUCCUGUUUGACCAGGCAUACCAGAUGCGUCCAUCAAUUAUUUUCUUUGAUGAAAUUGAUGGUAUUGCACCUGUUCGGUCCAGCCGGCAAGACCAGAUACACAGCUCCAUCGUGUCCACUCUGUUGGCUCUCAUGGAUGGGCUAGACAGCCGGGGUGAGGUGGUUGUUAUUGGAGCCACUAACCGUCUGGACUCCAUCGAUCCUGCACUCAGACGGCCUGGACGAUUUGACAGAGAGUUUCUCUUCAACCUACCAGACAGAGAGGCUCGCAAAGAUAUUUUGAAGAUUCAUACUAGGCAGUGGGACCCGCAGCUGUCUGAUGUGUUUCUUGAAGAGUUGGCUGACAAGUGUGUUGGUUAUUGCGGCGCAGACAUCAAAGCUGUGUGCUCAGAAGCAGCUCUCUGUGCCUUGCGUAGACGCUACCCCCAGAUCUAUGCGUCCUCCCAGAAACUCUUGCUGGAUGUGGAGUCCAUCAGCGUGAGUGGCCGGGACUUCCUCUCUGCCACGAGGAAGAUAGUUCCAGCUUCACAGAGGGCAGUGGCCUCUCCUGCUAAAGCACUCACGCCUGUUAUUGAACCCCUGCUGAGCUCUGCCCUCAAUAACGCCAUGGAGAUGCUGCAGAGACUCUUUCCUCAUGUAGAGCAGGUACUCAAGAAGAAAAGAGAUGCUGAGGGUUUGUCUGGCAUCUUAGAUGAUCUACUACAGAGUGAAGAUGAGGGGUCCUCUGUGUGCAUUACUAAUAAAGGCCAGAAGAACACUGGACCGUCUGCAUCUGCGCUUCAUCUGAACAGGAGUGCCCUGCAGCAGCCCACCUCAUUCAGACCCAGACUGCUGCUCUGUGGGACAUCAGGCUCUGGUCAGACCUCACACUUGGCUCCUGCUAUUCUCCACGCCCUGGAGAAGUUCAACGUUUAUACACUUGAUGUUGCUGUGCUGUAUGGGGUCAGUUCAGCCACCCCAGAAGAGGCCUGUGCACAGGUUUUCUGUGAGGUGAGGAGAACCGCCCCCAGCAUUCUGUAUAUUCCACACAUUCAGUGCUGGUGGGACACUGUGAGCUCCACUUUAAAGGCUACAUUCAUCAGUCUCCUACAGGACAUUCCUUCAUUCUGCCCCUGCCUCCUCCUCGCCACAUGCAGCUUUCCUCACCACACGCUCUAUGCUGAGGUGCAGGACCUUUUCCAUGUUGAGUAUGGGGAAGUGUUCGAUGUUCCGCUUCCAUCUCGGGAGGAGAGGCACAGAUUCUUUGAGGAUCUAAUUUUAAAUCAAGCUGCUAAAGCACCGGCGUCUAAGAGAGAUGCAGUCCUCCAGGCACUGGAGGUGUUACCGGUGUCCCCUCCACCACCUCCCCGCCAGCUCUCUGAGCAGGAGAUGCAGAAGCUAGAGGAAGAGGAAGAGGGCACGCUCAGGGAACUCCGCCUCUUCCUGCGGGAUGUCACCAACCGACUGGCUCAGGACAAACGCUUCAAGGCCUUUACAAAGCCUGUAGACACAGAGGAGGUUCCCGAUUACACUACAGUCAUCAAACAGCCUAUGGACCUGUCCACAGUUCUCUCCCAAAUUGAUUUGCACAAGUAUGAAACUGUGGUCGCUUACCUGAAGGAUGUGGAUCUGAUCUGGCAGAACGCCCUAGAGUACAACCCAGACAGAGACCCCUCAGGUAGAUCUUCACAGAUGAAAAAGAAGAGGAAAAACCGAUGGAAAAAUGGAUUCAUCCGCAGAAAGAAGUCUUGCUCAAAUUUGAACUCUAAAGACAACCAUAACACAGCAGAAUCAGGAGACGAAGAUGAGGAAGAAGAGGAAGAUGGAAAACUUUCUGAGAGUGAAGAUGCCGAGAAGAUGAAAGAUGUUGAAUGUGAGUCAAUGGAGACUGAUGGCUGCGCUCGUACAGAGGAACCCACAGAAUCCACUGCUGUAGCACAGAAUUACAACAUCCCUAACGAAGGACAAGAACCUGAUAAUACUGCCUCUGCAGAGGACGAGGUCGUAAAUGUUGAGACCAUCCAGAAUAAUGCCACUGAUGGCCACAAUGAUGUCCAAGAAUCAGAGAGCAGUGAACCUAAGAGGACAGAGCCAAGUGCAGAGAACAACACAGGAACAGAGUUCAGGCUGAAGCGGAUGACAAGAGGUUUUAAGACGCAGGCCGAACAGCAGAGUCUCAUCAGUGUGGAUGCUGCCAUGAAGAUCCUGGAGCAGAAGAAUAUGCCUCUUAUCGUGGACCACAACAAACUGAAAGAACUUCUACAGAGAGUUAUGGACAUGACGGAGGGAUAUGAGGUCAGUCAGCUGGAGAAACUUUAUGCUCUGCUGUGUCAGAGCAUUUAUAGACACAGGAAAGAUUACGACAAAACUGCGCUUAUACAGGAAAUGUCAAAAGAAGUUGAAGAGUUUUCCUAGUUUUCUUUUUAUAAACAAACUACAAUAUAUUUCUUAUAAGAACUGCUCUAUGAAUUAUAUUUCAUGUUGUGCAUAUCUGUUGGCACUUUUUCAAGCUUUGAACUGCAGUUGUUUUUAUUUAAUGUGACAAAUCCAGUUGUAUGUGCCAUAAUAUAUCGGCCUCCUAGCUAUAAGGACAUUAUUGGGGAGUUCAC